AUGGAAAAAGUAGCAGCACCUCCAAGUUCUCAUGGAAUUUCUUCCAUGGUUAAAAGAAAGACACCAUCAGAACUUAGGGGAGAGCAGUUGAAGCGGGAAAGUGUUGAAGACCUCACUGAUGAUGAUGAUGAUGAGGUUUCUCCCUCUGCUGGUUCCGCGAAAGAUACACAACUAAUUGGUGAAGUAUUUUCUGCGAAAAAGUCCAUGUUUAGAAUUGUAUCUAAGGAGCAAACUAGUAGUAAUCUAAAUAAUGAAAGCAAUGAAAAGUUCCUUAGUGUUGCUGACCUUUCAUCAUCAGCUGUUGUUGGUAGAUCUUCUGGAGCAGCAGCAACAUCAGGUAUUGACAUGGGACAAGCAUUGAAAGGACUAGCCUCACUUGUUAAUUCAGCAGUACCUACCAUUGCACGAGAAAAUUCCUUCUCUGGAUGUCAUAUUAAUAUACCUGGCAAGAAUGCUCCUUUGGAUCUUACUUUAAAAACCAGUAUGCAAAUAGUAUUCUCCUCCGCUUCUGCGAAUUGGAAUGAAAAUAUUAGGGGUUUCAAAGAUUUGCAUUCAUGGAUGUAUCCCCAAUCUUUUAUACCUUCUUCUAUCAUAUCAGUAUUGAACUCAUCAACUGCAGAAGAAGAACUGGAGUUCUUAAGGAAACGACAAGUGGGUUGGGAAGAAUCCUUUCGGGACCUCUUUUACAUGCUUCGGAACAACGUAUGUGGCCUUUUUUAUGUUUGCACUUCCCGGUUUGUUGUUAUGUUCACUGGUGGUGAUGGCUCCGGAAAAUCUAAAUCCAAAAAAUGCUCCUGCAAUGCUUAUAUUUCUCGGUCAACCAGAGGUUUGAGAUCACUCUUAAGAGAGCACGAUAUUUGUUUCUCUAUGCCGCUUUGCAGUUCAAAAGUGGAUCAAGAAGUUACUAUCUCUGAGGAUUUGGUUGGGCUGAAGACCCGGAGACAGCGAUCUUAUGAUGUUGAUAAUAGUCCAGAAUCUUUGCUCGUUUUUAGUGGAAACAACAAUGUGCAUGGUUUAUACGACCUAUUACUAAAUUACAAAACUCUAUUGGCCUCGCUGUCCGGUGUGGAAGAUGUACCUGUCUUGUGUUCUCCUGUUCCAUUCCAAAAUUCUGCUAUGACUUCUCCUGAUAUUAAAUGCAUGGAGAUGACAAGAGCUGAAGAUAUUGCACAAGGAUCAUCAAAUGACCUUUUUUAUAGCAUUGAAGUUAAGGAUGCAAUUAUUCCACCGUGGAUUAUCUGCAAUAUAUGUGCAUUGAUGAUGGGAUCCCAAGGGAGAAGAAACUUUGAGGCAAGUUUUGUGACUGAACCACUCUCAAUUGGCCUCAAUGUUGCUUUGAAAUCAAUUUGUGAUAAUUCCUUUGGUAUUCCAAAAGCAGCAGUUAUGUCUUCUCUAUGUUCAUGUACACUCAAAAGUGUAAACUACUGUGAUGGUUCUUAUUUAGCAUCAUUAUCCCCUGUAGUAUAA